CAAGCUGACCUGUUGGAAAUGCUCGAGGAUCUUACAUCUCUUUGCAGGCACGCUGGCUGUAAAAUCAGUGGAAGAAAAAGUGAAGCCUCAACAGGAAAAUACCAAAACAUUAGACAGAGGAUUGGAUUCUUGAUAGGCUAAUUACCAGUUUACUUCAUUAAAGCAGGUUGUGUUGUGGCAGGACAGUCCCUGGCUAUAGGGCACGAGCUGCCAUGCCAUUUGGUUGUCUGACACUCGGGGAGAAGAAGGAUUACACCAAUCCCUCAGAGGUGGCCGAUAAAUAUGACCUCGGACAAAUUGUUAAAUCAGAGGAGUUUUGUGAGAUAUUCCGGGCGAAGGAUAGGAACACCUUGAAAAUGUACACCUGUAAAAAGUUCCACAAAAAGGAUGGAAGGAAAGUGAGGAAAGCUGCCAAGAAUGAGAUAAUGAUCUUGAAGAUGAUAAAACAUCAUAACAUCCUCCAGAUGGUUGACACUUUUGAAACUAAGAAAGAGUACUUCCUUUUUCUGGAGCUCGCUACGGGCAGAGAGGUGUUUGACUGGAUCUUAGAUCAAGGAUACUACUCUGAGAGGGACACCAGCAAUGUUAUGAGGCAGGUGUUGGAAGCUGUAGCUUACCUUCACUCUCUGAAAAUUGUCCACAGAAAUAUUAAGCUGGAGAACUUGGUGUACUUUUUAAUUUUUUUUUUUUUUUUAGAAUAUCUUGCUCCUGAGGUGGUUGGGAGGCAGAGAUAUGGAAGACCUGUGGACUGUUGGGCCAUAGGUGUCACCAUGUAUAUACUUUUGUCUGGAAACCCUCCUUUCUAUGAUGAUGCUGAUGAAGAUGAUGAUCGUGAUAAAAAUCUUUUCCUAAAGAUUUUGUCAGGCGACUAUGAAUUUGAUUCACCAUAUUGGGAUGACAUUUCAGAUUCUGCCAAACACUUAGUGGCAUCUUUGAUGGAAGUGGACCAAGAUCAGCGAUUGACUGCACAGGAAGCUAUUGCCCAUGAAUGGAUUUCUGGAAAUGCUGCCUCAGACAAGAACAUCAAGGAUGGCGUUUGUGCACAGAUAGAAAAGAACUUUGCCAAAGCCAAGUGGAAGAAAGCUGUUAGAGUGACCACCCUCAUGAAGAGACUUCGAGGGUCUGAGCAGGGGGAUUGUGGGGCCUCCGGUCUUGCUGCAGGGGCUGCAGCUGAUCCCAACACGCCCAGCGGUGCUCCUGCUCCUCCAGGUGGCAGCAGCGCAAGUGUUGCUGCUCUAAGUGAAAAGGCUUCUGACACACAGACUGCCCCCAUCUCUGCACUCUCCAUGCCAAGUGCAGCCAGACAGGAAGAGCAGCCACAGGCCCGGUGCAAUGGCGAUGUUCCCCAAAUGUUGCCAGAAAGAAAGGGAGACUAGGGGUCAAACAAAUAUGAGAAGCGGACCCUUGGCAACCGACAAGCACAUGUGCAGUAAAGCCAAUACAUUUGGCAUGAUGAUACCAUGUCUAUGCUGUUCGACUACCCCCCAGUUUGCAGAGUUAUUUCACAACACCAUGCAUUUCAUCAUUUUUGCCUUCUGUAUUGAUUAGUCUUAGUCUUGAAUAGUGUUCUCCUCUCUCCCUUGUUAUUUUGUGUAUGAGUCCCUUUAAAGCUAGUUGCAAAGUAGCUCUUCUUGUUUCCUUUUCCCUUAAAACUAUAAAAACUCAUAGUGCAAUUUGGUGAAUCUUCAGCUCAUCUUUAUUCAUUAGAUCAUUGUAUAUAGGUGUAUUUGUCUGUUUCAACAAAUUGCUAGUUUUCAGCUUCAGAACUUACAAUCCAGAGUUCAUGUCUUGUGACUUAACAUUCUAGGUUGAAAGAUUUGGUUAAUUGAUCAUAUCAAGAUUUGAAAUUAUGUAAAUUUAUUGAAAAUACUUUCCUGCAUGCAUAUUUUAGUUAACUCUUCAGAAACCAUGCUGCUAACUGGAAUAUUUUCAGUUACAUAUAUUAAAUUAAUUUUAAAAAGGUAAAAUACCAAUGACACACUGAUUAUUGUCUUUAAAAUAUUCUUACAAGUUAUUACGUAACAAUCAGACACAAUCAUACAUUAGUGGAUUCAACUUAACACCCAUACUAGAUAUUUAUGUUUAUCUUCAGUGCAGUACAACUUCAGUCAAAUUACAAUCUUAAGGCAGCAAGAAAGCAUAUUUUUAAGUUGAAGUGCCUUAAUAUUUGUUGCAGUAAUAUAAUGAAAUGUUUCAAAAGAAACAACUUGAUAAAAAUGACUUACUGAUUUCUUUUCAAAUGUUUUAGCUGUUUUAAUUUUACGCUGAUGUAUUGAUACUUGUGUUCCGUCCUCUUUCACACUUCAAUUAAAACAGAAAACUAAAUUUAGAGUGUUGUAUGUGGAGUGAUGUUUUAUUGUUGUGUUGCCACUUGUAAUAAGUCAAUUUCAGAGUUUAUAGCUGACUCCAUAUACUGUACCACUAUGUAUUUUUGCAUUGUAUACAUGUGUAUUUUUUUAUUUACGUGUGUAUUUAGCAACAUUUAGCUGAGCUAACGGGUUGCUACAACGCUUGUGAAUUAAUAAAAUGAGCAAUACUGAUAUUGCUGAAACUGUGA